AUGUCUUCAGUUUGGUCUGAAUAUACAAUUGGUGGGGUGAAGAUUACCUUUCCUUAUAAAGCUUACCCAUCACAGCUUGCUAUGAUGAAUUCUAUUGUCAGAGGAUUAAAUAGUAAGCAACAUUGUUUGUUGGAGAGCCCUACAGGAAGUGGGAAAAGCUUAGCCUUACUUUGUUCUGCUUUAGCAUGGCAACAGUCUCUUAGUGGGAAGCCAGUGGAUGAAAGCUUAGAUAAAAAAGCUGAAGUACCAUCAUCAUGUUGUUGUGUAUGCCAUUCAAAGAAUUUUACAAACAUUGACUUGAGCCAAGGAACUUCACAUCAUUUCAACAGUCCAAGUACACCACCUUCUGAAAGAAAUGACACUUCAUCAACUUGUCAAGACUCUCCUGAAAAAACUACGCUGGCUGCAAAGCUAUCUGCCAAGAAACAGGCUUCCAUAAAGAGAGAUGAAAAUGAUGAUUUUCAAGUAGAGAAGAAAAGAAUUCGACCCUUAGAAACCACACAGCAGAUUAGAAAGCGUCAUUGUUUUGAAAAGGAGGUACAUCAUUUGGAUUCAAAAGUUGCUUCAGGAAAGACCACAAAACUCAACUCUCCAUUAGGAAAGAUAAACUCCUUUUCUCCACAAAAUCCCCCUGGUCACUGUUCCAGGUGUUGUUGUUCUACUAAACAAGGAAGCAGUCAAGAUUCCUCAAAUACCGCUAAGAAGGAUCAUGGGGGGAAAUCCAAGAUACCCAAAAUAUAUUUUGGGACACGCACACACAAACAGAUAGCUCAGAUUACUAGAGAGCUCCGGAGGACAGCGUACUCAGGGGUCCCAAUGACUAUUCUUUCCAGCAGGGAUCAUACUUGUGUCCAUCCUGAAGUAGUAGGUAACUUCAACAGAAAUGAAAAGUGCAUGGAAUUGCGGGAUGGAAGAAACGGCAAAUCCUGCUAUUUUUAUCAUGGUAUACAUAAAAUUAGUGAUCAACACACAUUACAGACUCUUCAAGGAAUGUGCAAAGCCUGGGAUAUAGAAGAACUUGUCAGUUUGGGAAAAAAACUAAAGGCAUGUCCAUAUUACACAGCACGAGAACUAAUAGAAGAUGCUCACAUAAUAUUUUGUCCUUACAACUAUCUUCUAGAUGCACAAAUAAGGGAAAGUAUGGAUAUCAAUCUAAAAGAACAGAUUGUCAUUUUAGAUGAAGCUCAUAACAUUGAAGACUGUGCUCGGGAGUCAGCAAGUUACAGUGUAACAGAAGUUCAGCUUCGGUUUGCUCGAGAUGAACUAGAUAGUAUGGUCAAUAAUAAUAUAAGGAAGAAAGACCAUGAACCUCUACGAGCUGUGUGCUAUAGCCUAAUUAAUUGGUUAGAAGCAAAUUCUGAACAUCUUAUGGAAAGGGAUUAUGAAUCAUCCUGUAAAAUAUGGAGUGGAAGUGAAAUGCUCUUAAAUUUACACAAAAUGGGCAUCACCACUGCUACUUUUCCCAUUUUGCAGGGACAUUUUUCUGCUGUUCUUCAAAAAGAAGAAAAAGUCUUACCAAUGCAUGGUAAAGAGGAGGCAAGAGUAGUACCGAUUAUUAGUGCUUCAACUCAAAUAAUGCUCAAAGGACUUUUUAUGGUGUUUGACUAUCUUUUUCGGCAAAAUAGCAGAUUUGCUGAUGAUUAUAAAGUUGCUAUUCAACAGACUUAUUCUUGGAUAAAUCAGAUUGAUACUUCAGAUAAAAAUGGAUUCUUUGCUCUAGCAAAAAAUAAGAAACGUUCAAGACAGAAAAUUGCAGUUCAUGUGCUAAACUUUUGGUGCUUAAAUCCAGCUGUGGCCUUUUCAGAUAUUAAUGGCAAAGUUUGGACAAUUGUUUUGACAUCUGGGACAUUAUCACCAAUGAAAUCCUUUUCAUCAGAACUUGGUGUUACAUUCACUAUCCAACUGGAGGCUAAUCAUGUCAUUAAUAACUCACAGGUGUGGGUGGGCACCAUUGGGUCAGGCCCCAAGGGUCGGAACCUCUGUGCUACCUUCCAGCACACAGAAACAUUUGAGUUCCAGGAUGAAGUGGGCGAACUUUUGUUAUCUGUGUGUCAGACUGUGAGCCAAGGAAUUUUGUGUUUCUUGCCAUCUUACAAGUUAUUAGAAAAGUUAAAAGAACGUUGGCUCUACACUGGUUUAUGGCAUAAUCUAGAGUUGGUGAAGACAGUCAUCGUAGAACCUCAGGGAGGAGAAAAAACUGAUUUUGAUGAAUUACUGCAGGUGUACUAUGAUGCAAUCAAGUACAAAGGAGAGAAAGAUGGAGCCCUCUUGGUAGCAGUUUGUCGUGGUAAAGUGAGUGAGGGCCUGGAUUUCUCAGAUGACAAUGCCCGUGCUGUCAUAACAAUAGGGAUUCCUUUUCCAAACGUGAAAGAUCUACAGGUUGAACUAAAGCGACAAUACAAUGAUCAGCACUCAAAAUUGAGAGGUCUUUUACCUGGCCGUCAGUGGUAUGAUAUUCAAGCAUAUAGGGCCUUAAACCAGGCCCUAGGUAGGUGUAUUCGACACAAAAAUGAUUGGGGAGCUCUUAUUCUAGUGGAUGAUCGUUUCAGGAGUAAUCCCAGUCGAUAUAUAUCUGGACUUUCUAAAUGGGUACGGCAGCAGAUUCAGCACCAUUCAACCUUUGAAAGUGCACUGGAGUCCUUGGCUGAAUUUUCCAAAAAACACCAGAAGGUCAUUGAUGUAUCCAAAGAGGACAGAAAGUUUAUACAGGACAGUGAGUCUACACUUGAAGUGACCCAUUUGAAGGACAAUAGUCUAACUUAUUUAUCAGAAGCGGCAAGUCAUCUAGCACCAGAAAAUCCUGGGAAAGGUGAAGCAAAAAUGUGUGUCCAAGAACGACAGUGUCCUACAAUAACUAAAAGUCCAUCUCUACCAAGAGGUAUCAUUUCCAGAAAGGAAAGAGAUGAUCCUGUAUUAUUGGAAGAGUCUGCCCAGGCAGUGAAAGCAGAAAAAAUUGUGAUUUCCAGAUCCACAAGCCCAACCUUCAACAAACAGACAAAGAGAGCUAACUGGUCUAGCUUUAAUUCUUUGGGACAUUAUCUUACUGGUGAAAUUCUGACUGCAGCACCUAAGUUCAGGUCACCAGAGGACUAUACCUCCAGUGUCUCCACUUUCAAAACAGAAAAGGGAUGUAAAACAGUUUUGCCACUCAUUGAUAAAUGUGAGUCCUCAUCUCUGAUGGUAAACGCAUCAUUUGGACCAUGCCCUCAAUCAGAAACUACUAUUUCAUCAAUAAAGAUUGAUUCUAAUCUUCUUAAAAAAAAUGAUUCCAAACAGCUGUCCUGCUGUGAAGAAGCCCUGGAUCCGGACAUUGAAUUGUCUCUAGUUGGUGAAGAAGCUGAACUUUCCACUUCACACACAGCUUCUGAAACAGAAGCAGGGGAUGAAUCUAUCUAUUUUUCACCUGAGCUAUAUGAUCCUAUGGAUACAAAUGAAGAGAAGAAUGAUCUAGUUGAAAGUGAUAGAGACAAUAGAUUGGCUAAUCAUUCCAAUCGCAUUUUAGUUGAAGAUCUUUUUGAAAUUAGAACUAUGAAAGGAGUGGAUUCAGUCCAAGAAAUGAAAGCUGAGGAUUGCACAGACACAAAGUUGAAUAGACUCAUGCAUAUUAAAGAAAGUAAAAUCGAUAACAUCGGUAGUUGUAAUGUAAAAACAACUCAUAUAAACGAAUUGGAACUGGGGAAAACUUGUGAAACAGAUACAAAGAAUUUUAAACAGUCUCCUUCCAAAAAUAAAGGUGUGUUCCCUGGUGUUAGGUAA